CGACGGGACUCACUCCCGCACUGCGUCUGAGCGAGCCCGACGUACCUACGUGUAUUGUAUGGAAAUAAAUAAUUGGCCUCCGUAUUCUUCUUUUGACGAGCUCUCCGGCGGGUUCAUUAUGUCCGUUUGAGCGCGAGUAGUGGCAUUCGGACGCCAGUGGCGACGUCCUCGGUCGCCUGUGUCGCGCUCUCAUCACCACGAAGACAUGAAUACCUCCGACCGAGAUGUGUUCCAAAAGAACUGCACGCCGCCGGCCAUCGACGACUUCCCCACGGGGCUGUUCACGGAUCUGCAGCGGCAGCACGGCGCCAUCGUGCUGCACGCCUUCAUCUCCUUAUACCUAUUCAUCGCGCUCGCCGUGGUCUGCGAAAAGUUCUUCGUGCCAGCCGUUGAUAGAAUCUGUCAUGCGUUGAACAUGACAAACGAUGUGGCUGGCGCUACGUUCAUGGCGGCUGCCACUUCGGCUCCAGAGCUGUUCGUUAACGUCAUCGGCACGUUCAUCACCGAGGGGGACAUCGGGGUCGGCACGAUCGUUGGCUCCGCUGUCUUCAACAUCCUCGCCGUUGCUGCAUGCUGCGGUAUAGGAGCGGGAAUGGUUGUCCCGUUAGAUUGGUGGCCAUUGACACGGGAUUGCCUUGCUUAUGGAAUUACCGUAUCGAUACUUAUAUGUAUCAUGCACGAUGAGUACGUGUUAUGGUACGAAGCGUUUCUGCUGGUUUUACUCUACGGGGUGUACAUUUGUAUCAUGUACUACGACAAAUCGAUCCAAAAUUUCGCCAGAGGUAGCUGGAAAUAUUUUUCAACUGUUUUCAAGAAAAAUGAGAGCGAAGAAAAACAAGACAAUGUUCUCGGUACUGAUAAUGAAGUGAAAGAUGUUAAAUGUCCUUCAUCUACAAAUAAAAAUGAUUUGCCUAUGGAGCAUCGUCAACAUAACGGAAAUAUAAAAGGUGCACUAUCUCUUUACCCAGAUGUAAAUGAGAAAUAUGGUGAGAAUGCAUCACAAGCAGUGAAGGCUCUGGAAGAUGACAAAAAUAAGAACGUCAAUUUAGAGAUUGAAUCCAAAAACAAUGAGAUGGAGGUUACAAAUACAGAAGAAAAUAUCGUCUCUAUUCCAGAGGAUGAAAAGGAAGAAGUCGAUGUGUAUGAACAUUCACUUUGGAAAUGGCCUAGUGGCAGAAGUUGUUUUACAAAGACUACAUGGAUUGUGACUUGGCCAAUUCACUUAGUUUUCUUGUUCACGAUACCAGACUGUGAAAAACCGCGCUUUAAGAAUUGGUUUCCACUGACGUUUAUCAUGUGCAUUGUUUGGAUAGGUUCGCUAUCAUAUGUAGUGGCGUGGAUGAUUACUAUUAUAGGUGACACAUUGAUGAUACCCGAUUCAGUUAUGGGUAUUACAUUCUUAGCUGCUGGUACAUCUGUACCGGAGGCAGUUUCCAGUGUCAUCGUAGCUAAACAGGGACAUGGAUCUAUGGGUAUUAGUAAUUCAAUUGGAUCAAAUACUUUUGACAUUCUACUAUGUCUCGGAUUACCGUGGCUUAUUAAGGCCUCACUCACUCCAGCGGAGCCAGGACAUUAUUGGGUGAAGAUAAAUUCUAUGGGUUUGGAGUACUCGGCGAUAUCGCUCCUGUCGACAUUGCUGCUAUUGUAUCUGACAUUCUGGUUCAAUAAGUUUAAGCUGGACGCGGCGGUGGGGCGUGCGUGCCUCGCUAUGUACGCCAUGUUCUUGGUGCUGGCCACUCUUAUCGAGCUCAACGUUUUCUUCCCAGUCAACAUGCGCACGUGCAAGAGAACCGAACUAAAAUCUUAGGCUAGUGACCGGACUUAACAGUAUGAAGAGAACUGUGAAAACUGGCGAACUAUUUGUGCCUCUAGUUAACUGUUUUGAAUCAUGUGUGCUAGCAGAUGGGUGCAGCUGAGUUGUACUUGCAACGGGAACACGAUAGAUUUUAUAUGUGUAAAACUCUUGGCAAUGUUAAUAUUUUUUUGUUUAAAACCUCUUAACAUAAUUGGAUCAUUUGUUGAUAUCAAUACAUUCUAAAGUUAAUUUGAAAGUCUGAAAAAUAAAUAAGUUACAAAGUAAAUUGAAUACUCGCAGUAUUGGAAUCUGUCGGGUAAAUAACCUGUACGUGUGUUUUUAAAUUAUGCUUGUGUUUAAAUUAACAACAAAGACCAAAUUAUAGAUCUGACUUCAAGUCUCGGGUGAAGUGUUGUUGUACAUAAUAUACGACGUUAAUGUAACAGAGUUUUAAGAGUAAUUAAAUAUAUAGAUUUUUAUUUCCA